AAAAGAAAGAGAAGAAAUUAAAUCCGCUUAACUCACACACAAGGCCUCGAUCAUACAGACUAUCACCUACUGCUGCUAUUGUGGUCAAGAUGACUUCAAUGAUGCUGCCGCCGCCCGGCUCAAGGGCCAGGGUACUACGACAUCUACAGCAUCUAGAGAAACCAAAGAAGAGCAAAUUCCUCACUCAAACACCAUUCUUUGACUCGCCUUACGUUCAUCCUAAAGACAGAGUACCAUUUUGGAAUAUUGGACCGGGAGAUGAAGUACGGGUAAAAGUGGGUGGAAAACGAAUCAAGAAGGAAGACGGAACAAUCGAAAAAGUACCUUUCGAAGGAAUAGUAGACACAAUCGAUCGUGAAAGGAGUGUCGUUUGGUUGCGUGCUCCCGAAAAGGGAGAUGAAUCUUUGAUACCGAGAAAUUUGAAACACUUAGAACCUCGAUAUGCAGACGCUUCAAAAGGCAUAGAAGGCGGCUUCGGACCUAAUGCUGCCUACGUUGCAAGGCCUGUCCAUUACAGCAACCUACAACUGAAAAUUCCAUCUGACCUAAAAUUACCCGAAGAUAUCAAACUUGACUUGAAGCAAGGUGUAUUUGCAUCAAGAAUGACAAGGAGCAAGCCAUACUACAACAGAAGAGGAGGAUUUUUCCGAUGGAGAAGAUACGCAAUCGUACCUACAAGUGAAGGAACAUUAAAGAUUGAAGUACCUUGGAAGACGCUCGAAAAUCGUGAAGUUCCAAGAAAGGAGAACAAUACAUUGUCAAAUCUGGUUGAUAGAGAGACUUGGCUACCUUGGGCACCCAAUGAUCCCACUUGGCUCAUUCCAAGAGCUUCUCGUACAUCACCACAAGCACUAGAACGCUACCAGAAAUCAUUAGCACAAAGAACGGCAGCAUUAGUUGCCAAGGGAGCGGAUGAGAAUGGAAAGAUUUCCGUUGCAAGAGCUGCACAAGCUCAAAUAGAGGCAGGCAAAGGCUCUCCACUACCAUCAAUGAUACCUGGUGCAUCUACGGCCACUCUAGGAUUACCGAUCUAUCCAGGUUUCGCUAAGCAACUAUUAUCUAAACCAAAGAUGCCCAUCACUCCCCAACCUCCGACACCUGCUGAAAAGGUUUGGAUGGCAAAACACUCCAUGAAAGAAUGGCAUGAAGAUAGUCAAAACGUGCCGAAGCCUAACACUGAAGCAGGAGCAGAGAAUACACCAAGAUACACAUUCUCAGCUUGGGAUUAUCUAGAUGUUUCUCCACUUGAGGGACCUUCAAGUACCUCACAUACUCAAUCGGUAAGCACAAAGGAUGUAGAAACAGAUAGCUCUGCCGACCGACCAAGAGGUGAGGCCGGCCGUAUAUUUAACGCAAGUCAAGUGACCAAACGUGAGAUGGACAAUUGGCCGAUCGAAUUGAUGAUGAAAGAAGAUUUGAUUAACGAACAAGGCACAAAGCAUCGCAGAAUCAGAUGGCAACGUCGUCAACGUGAAAAUGCAGAAAUGCAAAAAGUCAUUGCACAAGAAGAAAAGGAAAAUUUGCAAGCUUUCAGAGAGUUGAAGUUGUGAGGCCGCCGCAUCCUAUUGUACUCUUACCAUGAUCAUAUGCUAUACUAAUUCACAAACAUCAUCGUGCAUCAACACACAUUGAAUUGGGUUGAGAGUGUAUACAAAUUGCAGAAAGCUCGUAGAGCAAGGUAUUUAUAUGAACAAUUGAAGUGACGAUAACCGGUAUUUCCUGGAGAUGUUCCAUUGUCCUUCUAAGGGGGGUA